UUAACUGUCACAAUUUGUCGUCCGACUAAAUGACACUGGUGUUAAUCAUUGUCCAAGUAAAUAUUAUUGCAAAUAAAUAAAAAUGUGUGAUGAUGUUCAAAACUGCUGUCGAAUAUGUCUGGACGUCGAGUCAGACCAUGUCAACAUACUCGAAAAUCCCACAAUUACCCUUCAAUUGAAGGCCUGCCUCUCCGUAACUAUAUCCUCCAAUGAUCAUCUUCCUAAAACGAUUUGUUCUUCCUGUGUAUCAUUAUUGAACCAAUUUUAUAAUUUUCAACUCAAUGCCCGCUGUUCCCAAGACUGGCUUGAAUCUUCAGUGCAAGAAAAGUUGAAAAAGUCAACGGAAAACAAAAUGGUGAUACAGCCGUUACCCGACUCCGAAUACAAUUCGGAUUCGCUCCUAGAAUUCCUAAACAACACUGCGAACAUCGAAGAAUACUUGAACAACCUUGGCAAGGAAGAUAUACCGUGUAUUGUAAACAUGUUAGACAAGAAUGAACACACUUUUGAAAUAAGUAAAAUUAAUAAUAAAAUCACUAAAUUGCCAAGUCCUAAGAAGAAGGACUUGGCGAAAAAGUUUAAAUUAGAAAAGGAUGUGAUCAAUUCAGAAGUGCAUAUAGUAAAAGGUAUAGUAAUGAGGGAAUCCGAUACCAAAACUAAUUUGAACCAAGUAAAAGUAGAAUCCAGUGCAUUUAUCUGUUUUGGUUGUAAAACUAAAUAUGAUGCGGUACAGAAGUUACUGCAGCACUUGAGUGUUUGUGACAUAGCAUCUAGAACAUGUAUACAUUGUGAUGUGCUGUUUAAUUCCAAGCAACAAAUGCAAAUGCAUUCAAUUACACACAAUACUUCAGCACCUUUUACAUGCAACUGCGGACAAGAGUUCCCAUCAAAAGAGAGACUGAUACAGCACCACAAAACAUGUCUCAUGGAUUAUGCAGCUUCAGUAGGAUGUGUGUACCGAUGCAAAGGAUGUGGAGAUACAUUUAAAGAGCGAUUUCAACUAUACAAGCAUGCUAAGGAACAUAUUGUUAAGGCUGAAGAGAGAGUGUGUGAUAUUUGUGGACAUACUUUCAAUGGUACAGAAGCACUUGUCAAACAUAGGAAAGAAGAUCAUGAAAAGCCUGAGAAGGUGAUUUACAGAUGCAAGAUAUGCAACAUAACAGCAACAGAUCGCAAAGAAAUGUACAUACAUGUGAAGACUCAUACAGCAAAACCGGAACCAACGCGUCAUUUAUGCGAGUCUUGUGGACGUAGCUUUGCAACUAGAACCUCAUUAUUCCGUCACUCAAUACUUCAUGAGAGUGAAACUACAGUAUGCCAUAUUUGUAAUAAACAAUUUAUAGAUGCAAAAUUAAUGGAACAUCAUUUGAAAGAACAUAUAGAAAUUGCCAUUUGUGAGAAGUGUGGACAAAGUGUGAAUAGAUAUAAAUUGGCUACACAUGCCUGUAUUUAGUUUCCAGGGUAAGAAAAUUCAAAAUCCAAUUAGUCCGUCAGUUAGAUACCUAAUGAAAAAAUAUUAGACACG